AUGGUUCUGCCACGUGCAAAGACGAAGCCCCGGGCUGUCUUCCCUUCCAUUGUAGGCUGUCCCCGACACCAGGGCGUCAUAGUGGGUGUGGGGCAGAAGGACAGCUACGUGGGCGAUGAGGCCCAGAGCAAGUGCGGCAUCCUGACUCUCAAGUACCCCGUUGAGCGUGGCAUCAUCACCAACUGGGACGACAUGGAGAAAACCUGGCACCACACCUUCUACAAAGAGCUGCACAUGGCCCCCAAGGAGCACCCUGUGCUGCUGACCGAGGCCCCCCUGAACCCCAAGGCCAACUGUGAGAAGAUGACCCAGAUCAUGUUCGAGAUCUUCAACACCCUGGCCAUGUACGUGGCCAUCCAGGCUGUGCUGUCCCUGUACGCCUCUGGCCACACCACUGGUAUUGUCAUGGACUCUGGGGAUGGGGUCACCCACACUGUGCCCAUCUACGAGGGCUAUGCCCUCCCACACGCUGUCCUGCGUCUGGACCUGGCUGGCCGGGACCUGACAGACUACCUCAUGAAGAUCCUCACUGAGCGUGGCUACAGCUUCACCACCACGGCCGAGCGGGAAAUUGUGUGUGACAUCAAGGAGAAGCUCUGCUACGUCACCCUGGACUUCGAGCAGGAGAUGGCCACUGCUGCCUCCAGCUCCUCCCUGGAGAAGAGCUAUGAGCUGCCCGACUGCGUCAUCACCGUCGGCAACGAGCGCUUCUGGUGUCCAGAGGUGCUUUUCCAGCCCUCCUUCCUGGGUAUGGAGUCACGUGGCAUCCACGAAACCACCUUCAACUCCAUCAUGAAGUGUGAUGUCCACAUCCGGAAGGACCUGUACGCCAACACGGUGCUGUCUGGUGGGACCGCCAUGUACCCCGGCAUUGCCGACAGGAUGCAGAAGGAGAUCACGGCCCUGGCCCCCAGCACGAUGAAGAUCAAGAUCAUCGCUCCUCCCGAGCACAAGUACACCGUGUGGAUCGGGGGCUCCAUCCUGGCCUGGCUGUCCACCUUCCUGCAGAUGUGGAUCAGCAAGCAGGAGUACGACGAGUCGGGCCCCUCCAUCGUCCACCGCAAAUGCUUCUAAGCGGACUGCGGGCAGAAGCGUAGCAUUUGCUGCAUGAGUUAAUUGAGAAGUAUAAAUUUUCCCUGGCAAACAUACACACCUCACGCCAGCCUCGUGAAACUGGAAUAAGCCUUUGAAAAGAAAUUUGUCCUUGAAGCUUG